AUGGCGAUCCUCCCACCUGGGGUUCGGUUUGUAGGCCGUGGGGUUGCCUACAUGACCGUCUUUGUAGGUGGACUCGUAGGAGCAACCAAAAUCGCGGAGUCUCGAGGAUUCGCGAUACCCCUCUGGCUGGUGUUAACAGGGGCAGCCGUGGCUAUUCCCACUCUUGCAGGACUACGCAUUGCAGCAGGCGAAUUUAAAAAACGGCGACGCGCCCGAGCGCUUGGAGCUCGAACUGUUCCCAAGCUCCAGGGAAAGAAAUUCGGAAACCUAGACGUGCUUACAACAACGUUGAGUAACAUUGCUGUCGGUUAUCCCGGGGACGGAUUGGAUGAAGUCAUCGAGGCUCGAGGACCUGUGUUUAACUUUUGGUUGCUUUGGUCUGAUUCUAUCUUCACUAUCUGUCCCGAACAUCUCAAGACCAUCCUUGCUACGGACUUCAGCAGCCAUGUCAAAGGACCUCAGUUCAUCCGCAACAUGGGAUCUGUGCUUGGCUCUGGUGUCUUCAACUCUGAUGGUGAGAUGUGGAAGUUCCAUCGCAGCAUCACCCGGCCAGUCUUCACUCGAGAUAGGAUCAGUGACUUCGACAUCUUUGACCACCAUACGGACAUCGCACUCCAGAAGCUGAAGGAACGUCUUCGUGAAGGAUACGCUGUUGACUUCCAGGACCUCAUGGCUCGCUUCACUCUGGACACGGCUACUCAAUUCUUAUUCGGCAAUUGCGUAAACAGUCUAGAUGCUGGACUUCCAUAUCCAGCCAAAUUCGGACUUACCGUUCACCAGACUCUUUCGGGAAAGAAAGCGGACGACUUUGCCCGUGCGUUUAUGGAAGCGCAAGAGGCCAUCGCCAACCGCGAACGCGUCGGGUGGAUCUGGCCUCUGUUCGAGUUCUGGAAAGACAAGACAGAGGAACCGAUGAAGACUGUCAGGGCUUUUAUCGAUCCAAUUGUAAAGGAGGCAAUAGCGAAUAGAGCGACCCAGUCUUUGGAAGAGAAGACCAGCGGCGAGAAAGAAAUUCAAGACGGACAAACGCUACUGGAUUACCUAGUCAACGUUACCCAGGAUCCCACUAUCUUGCGAGAUGAGAUCUUGAACAUCAUGAUUGCCGGACGCGAUACCACCGCGGCGACUCUCACAUUCUGUAUCUACCUCCUCUCUCAGCACCCCGAUGUCUUCCAGCGCCUUCGCACCGAGGUGUUGGAGAAGGUAGGACCCAGUCGUCGACCCAACUUUGAUGACCUUCGGGACAUGAGGUAUCUCCGCGCUGUUCUCAAUGAAACUUUACGACUAUUCCCCAUCGUGCCGUUCAAUGUUCGCGAGACGGCUAACGAGACCGUCUGGCCUUCCCCUGACCCCAACGAGCAAGCUCUCUAUAUUCCUCCUGGUACCAAGAUCACGUACUCGGUUUUCAUGAUGCAACGCCGCACCGACCUUUGGGGUCUGGAUGCCGAGGAAUUCGAUCCUGAUCGCUUCAUCGACGAGAGGCUGAAGAAAUACCUCAUCAAGAACUCAUUCAUCUUCCUGCCUUUCAACGCCGGCCCUCGCAUCUGUCUGGGACAACAGUACGCUUAUAAUGAGAUGUCGUUCAUGCUCAUCCGUCUCGCCCAACAAUUCUCUUCCAUAUCCCUCGACCUUGACUCUGCUCCCCCUGAAGCCCUUGCCCCGAAGAUCUGGGCCGAGUCUCAAGGGCGCAAAGCCACUGAGAAAGUGUUUCCCAAGUUCCAUUUGACUAUGUAUGCUGCGGGAGGCCUGUGGGUUAAGAUGGAGGAGGCUACGGGCACGGAUUAACUUCGAUUCCUUCUGUAAUUGGAACAAUCUUUAAACAUUUUCCUCAUAG